AUGUCAAAUCAAAAUCGAGCUCCUCAUCCACUCUCUUUACUUCCACCUUCAAAUUUUAAUUUGGCAGAGUGGAAGAUAAAGUAUAUGAACGAAGAUGUUCGUACGGUUGCACUCCCAUGGUUCUGGCAAAACUUUGAUGCCGAAGGCUACUGUGUAUAUUUUGCUAGCUAUUUGUAUUGUGAUGAAUUAGGUACUGUUGUAUACAAGACACAAGGCUUGAUAAACGGCAUGUUUCAGAGAUUGGAGAGCUUAAGAAAAUGGGCUUUCGCAUCAGUGCUGAUCACCGGUGACAAAAUCGAUGGUGAUGUAGAGAAUCAAGAACUCACUGGCAUCUGGAUCUUCCGUGGUCAAGAACUCCCACAAGAUCUAAAGGACUAUGAUGAUUAUAUCAACUUUAAUUGGCAUCAUCUUGAUAUCAGAGAUCCACUCAACAGGACUUUAAUAGAAGACUAUCUAGCUUGGGAUGGCGAUCUUGGAGGAAGAAAAUUCAUACAAGGUCAAAUCUACAAAUAA